GUACAGCCCAUCCCUUUGCCCAUCCACUGGUUCGCAAAGCACAGGUGGGAGAGAUCGAGUUCGUAAAGAAAAAAAAACUGAAUUAUUAUAUGGCCCGUGGAUACAGGAGUUCGUUUUCAAAUGUUUACAAGAAUCAACACGGAUAUAUCUCCAUGUAUCUUUGGAUAUAAAAUAAUUAAAGUUGUAUACAGAAAACCAGAAAUGCUUGCAAGGAAUCUGAAUUGCUGCCGAAGCUGCGCAGUCAUAGUUUGAUGGGGGACUGACCGGUGACUUGAAUUAAUCAGAAAUGGCAGACGAUGACAAAGUUGCCAUCCUAACGGAUGAUGAAGAAGACCAGAAGAAAAAGUAUGUCCUGGCUGAGCCUUUCAACUCUCUCUCCCUGGAGCUGCCUACAGAACUUCCUCCUCAAGGGCCUUCAUCAGAAACACCUGCUACAGACACGUCCUCACCCAUGGCCAUAAGCUGCUGGGAAAGACUCUGCCUCCGAAUUGAUAGCCAUCUCCUCAUCUCCAAAAUCUUUUACUUCUUCUUCUAUGCAGCCUACGGCUCCUUGCACCCUUUCCUCGCUGUCUAUUACAAGCAGCUUGGAAUGUCGCCUAGUCGUAGCGGUCUAUUGGUUGGGAUCCGCUACUUUAUCGAAUUCUGCAGUGCACCUUUCUGGGGAAUGGUGGCUGAUCGCUUUAAGAAAGGGAAGGCAGUCCUGGUGUUCUCUGUGCUGUGUUGGUUGGUCUUCAAUUGUGGCAUUGGCUUUGUGAAGCCAGCUGACAUGACGUGUGUUGAGAAAUUGAGUGUGACCCCAACUGUGGCCCCAACCCUCCCCCAGACUGUAUCAUUCAUCAAUGAUUCCCUGCCAGCCAAUCACACCAAUGAUAAGAUCGUUCGCCGCCACAUAGAUCAUUCUGACUAUUCGCUUUUGAAUAAUUCUGAUCCCCCCAGUAACAUGCACCGGAGGUAUAAAAGAAGCAUUGAUGCCAAUACUACUGAGGGUCCUACUACUCUGUCGAUGCCAACACCCACCACUACCACCACCACCACACCCACCACCACCACUACACCCACUACCACCACCACCACACCCACCACCACCACCACACCCACCACCACCACCACACCCACCACUACACCCACUACCACCAUCACCACACCCACCACCACCAUAAGCACCACCAUGCCCACCACCACCAGCACCAGCACCACCACCACACCAUCCACCACCACCCAAGCCAAAGAUUACAUCAUUAUUUACAAUCAGGACCAGGUAGAGACCAUCUUCCUCAUCAUCCUACUGGUCAUCAUUGUGGGUGAGUUCUUUAGCGCGCCCGCCGUGACCAUCGUGGACACUGUUACCCUCCAGUACCUGGGGACGCACAGGGACCGCUACGGCCUGCAGAGGAUGUGGGGCUCCCUGGGCUGGGGCCUGGUUAUGCUCCUGGUGGGGAUCUGGAUCGACCACACGCACAUCGACAUCAUCAUCAAUGGCCUGGGCUGUGUCCUGCCUGAAUACAGGAACUACCAGGUUGCCUUCAUCGUGUUUGGUGUUCUGAUGGGCGCCGCCCUGGUGGUGGCAACGCAGUUCUACUUUGACUAUGGGAACUACAGGCAGGAGCUGGGGGAGGGGGCAGAUGAGGCGGAGGCCGCAGCAUCCACCAGGAACGGGCUGACUCCAUCCCCAGAGGCGGGCUUGGACCAGAGCCCCGUAUCGUCAGAUUCGGGCCUCCAACAUUUCACGUACAGUGACCUGAUCCGACUGCUGUGUAGUGUGCAGUACAGCACGGUGCUGUUCGUGGCCUGGUUCAUGGGCUUCGGGUACGGCUUUGUGUUUACCUUCCUGUACUGGCACCUGGAGGACCUGAAGGGGUCCACCACUCUGUUUGGCGUGUGCUCUGUCCUAAGCCACGCGUCAGAGCUGGCUGCCUACUUCACAAGCCAUAAGUUCAUCGAAUUGGUGGGUCACAUCAGGGUCCUGUACAUCGGCCUGGCAUGCAACACUGCUCGCUACUUGUAUAUUUCGUACUUGGAGAACGCGUGGAUAGUCCUGCCCAUGGAGGUUCUUCAAGGUGUGACCCAUGCGUCCGUGUGGGCGGCCUGCAUCUCGUAUCUGAGCGCCGCGGUCCCCCCGGCUCUGCGGACCUCGGCCCAGGGCAUCCUACAGGGGGUCCACCUCGGUCUAGGCAGGGGCUGUGGGGCCAUGGUGGGAGGAGUCUUUGUCAACUACUUCGGAGUGGCUGAGACCUUCCGAGGGAUAGGAAUGGCCUCCCUCGUCAUCCUCCUUGUCUUCUCCUUCAUCCAGUGUAUCACAGGGAAGAAUGAGGAGAAAGAGGAUAAAAUGCUGGCAGAGAAUAUCCCCGUGCCCUCGAGUCCUGUGCCCAUCGCCACCAUCGACCUGGUCCAGAACCAGACUGGCGUGAUGGUUCCCCGUCCAGAGGCCCGGCAGCCCACCAAGAAGACCAAACACCAGGAGGAACAGGAGGACGUCAACCGCCCAGCCUGGGUGCUCUCUGGCACCCCCUGGGUCACCAUUGCCUUCGCCGUGCUCCAGAUCCGAGAGAAGAUCAGGUUGGCAAGGAUCCACCCGCCCACAGAGAGACAGCCGCUGCAGGUGCCAAAUGAGCGGAAUGCGGAAUAUCAAGCUGUGGUGACUUCUCACAGAGACUCUUGCGACAACACCAACGACCCCCAGGUGUCCUUGCACCCCACAGGACCCCCAUCAGCCCUCAGCCAGGCACUUUCAGAGCCCACCGACGGUCAGGGGAGUUGGGAACAGACCCCUGUCCAUCCAGACCAGAACACCCCAGUGGAGAACCCUGUCUUCUUACCUGGGAACAUAUAGCCAGUGCAUGUGUACACCUCCCUCACUUACGUACACUGCUCAUCUAGUGGCUUCAGUGAGACAGAGUUGACACUUCCAUGUCUAGUGUAGCUGUCUCCCUUUAUUCCCAAAUUAAGUAUUUAUAUAGAUCAUGUUAAGGGAGUGUUUAUUAAUCCUCAAGACUCACCUAUGAACACAAGUAUUUCGAAUCGAACCUGGAUUGGAUCCAUGAUGUUGAAGUGCCUCUUGAUGCGCAUUUAUCUUUUUGUUCAAUGUCUGCAUUGGUGUUGUGCAGGAGGGUCACUGAUUUUUCAAUUACAUAAUUUCACUGACUUGUAAUAUGCAAACAUUACUCUGCAGUUUUCCUGCAUUGUGCUUAGAGCGUUAGUGCCUAGAGUCCUUGGUAUACAUGACUUUUGGUCGAAGGGGGAAGUCGGAUCGCUUCGCAACGUGUAUUUAUUGCUCCUGUUUUCCAUAUUAUGACAGCAUUUGAACUUCUGACUCUUUAGAAGCCAACUACUUCCUCUAUUAUCAGGACUUGUUGUCCUAAUAGUUCCAGGAUUGGCCACUUGGGGGCAGUAGUGUGCUACUGUACGAGGCUUAGACCCACUUGAUAUUAGUGUGUAUGUGGUGUGUGUUUGCGUGUGUGUGUUUACUGCUGUGUGGAGUGUGGAUGUUAUUGAGGUCAUGGUGUGCCUGCUGCUGAUGGGAUUGUGUGGGAGGACAGUAAUAGUGUUCCGCAAAAACUAGACUAUGUCCCAUGUAAAUAAAAAAUGGUCUUGGCAUAGAUUAGGUCUAAUAUUUGUGUUGAAAUCUCAUCAGCUGCUUCAUUGUUUUUCCCUAUUGCCUUUGUUUUGAGUGUGGUAAUUAACGCAAUUUAAUGUCAUUUCCUCGUAGCUCUCGCUGACAUACUGACAAGGGUUUUUGUUUUAUCAAAGAACACAAAUUAAGCUCCACAAAAUUAAAUCAAAUGGUCAAAAUUAAUUUAUUGUCCCAUAGUAUCUUUUUUGUUAUUGUUCACAUGGGUAGGCAGUAUGAACUGGUGCAGGGUGUUACACUUUGAGACCAUACUGUUUACCUUGGAUUGUUUGGGGCUAUAGUUCAAUGGCAUGAAAGGAAUAAAUAAUGUAUAUGCCACUUCAA